GUGUGUAUCAGCCCCAGAGGAGCAGACCCGAAACGUCCCUGACCAGUCCCGGUUCCAGACAGACAGAGCCAGACACCGCGUCUGCCCCCGCGCUAAAGAUGGGAUCUCUCGGCCACGCCGCCACGAUGCUGGGCUUGUGCAGUCUGCUUACAGUGACAUAUGUUGAAGGGGACUCAGUUUUGCAGAAACCGACACUUGACGGCCCUAACGUUUCUCUGGUGGGUGCGAUUGAAGUGUUUCGGUGCAUAGUGUCCGGAGCUUCACAAACCAUCUUGUACGAACUCCACAAGGAAAACACCGGCAGAACGUUUGGGGAAUACACAGGCUACUACGGACUUCCUGCCGAGUUUACUCUUCAGGUUCAAGUGAACCACGAGGGGAAUUUUCUUUGCCGAGCGAGCGUGCAGAACGUGUCCAGCAUUCCUGCUGCUGACAGCCUCCCCCAGUACUUCAGAGUGAUCGGUGGAACCUGUCGAAGGGGCGGAGCUCGUGUCAGACCCACCGUCGGCCGAGGUCACUGCGGGGCGUGGCCUGACCCUAACGUGCGUCACACGGAAGGGCACGCACGUCUCCUACCGGUGGUCCCACAACGGCACGCAAAUCCAGGCGUCCAAUCCCAAGGCCAGCGGCAACCGCCUGCGCGUGGCAGAGGCGGCCCCAGAGGAUGCUGGGAAGUACUCCUGCCUGGCGACGAAUGGGCUGAACGACACCCUGGUUUACUCAGCCAGCAACCACACCUUCAUCAGGGUCAAAGUCCCCGUUUCCAAACCCCGAAUCUCCAUGGCGGUGCACAAGGAGAGGGAUGUGCACUGGGCCACGGUGACCUGCCAGUCCGCCACGGGCACCCCGCCCGUCAGCUUCACCUUCACGCUGCCCAACGGGACCCAGAUCCUCCAGAGGGAGGACGCCCUCCACGCCUUCUUCACCAUUCCCAUCGCCCUGAACCAAAGCCAGGGCGAGGUCCGCUGCCAGGCGGCCAACGGCGGCCUCCCGGUGCACAGCGACGCACUGCCCCUGGAAGUGGUGCCUGUAGGGGGGGCUGUAACACUGACGGCGAAGCGAGUGAGUCACUUCUUCGAGCCGGCGGCGUUCGUUCUCCGGUGCGCCGCGGAGCGCGGGACCUUCCCCCGAUUCCACUGGUUCCUGAACGACUCCAGGCUGGACGCGGAGCGGGACGUCUCCCCCGGCCCGACUCUCGAGCUGAGGCCCGUCAAGCUGUCCGGCUUCUACCACUGCGCGGUGGCAGACAGCUUCGACGACACCAACAGCGUCAGCAGCGGACGGCGAUUCAUUCAGGGGCCAUCGCAUGUCUCUCCAGUUGUGUCUGCUGUGAUGCUCAGCUGCAUGCUCUUCCUGCUGUGCCUGCUGGCAGCCUGCUGUGUGCACGGAGUCGCAUCCCGGGGAAGACUCUCCUCAUCAAAGUCCAGGUAACUCACCUGCAGGCCUCCUCCGGGACACAAACAUUUCAGGAAGUACAUGAGGCCAGUGACGUCUGGGCACCAAUGGAUUUCAACCCCGGCCUCUCACUCAUCCAAACAUUUGUAGGACGAACGCGUUACCAGUCAGCUAAAGACAUGCUAUGAGCCUUCACUGUGCUACGAGCCUUCACUAUGCUAUGAGCCUUCACUGUGCUAUGAGCCUUCACUAUGCUAUGAGCCUUCACUGUGCUACGAGCCUUCACUAUGCUAUGAGCCUUCAUUAUGCUAUGAGCAUUCAUUAUGCUAUGAGCCUUCACUGUGCUAUGAGCCUUCAUUAUGCUAUGAGCCUUCACUGUGCUAUGAGCCUUCACUAUGCUAUGAG